AUGGAAGACAAUGAUGCUCAUUAUGAACUGUCGGAAUUUUGUGGGUUAUCGGAAACAUGGAGUCCCGAGAACUUAGCUUCUAUGCUAAAGGCUUUUUGGCGGAACCUCGAGAUGAAAAAUACAGAAGAUUUUGAAAAGAGAAGGGAAGAUAAAAUACCCUUUAUGAUUCUCAGCCGAGAAGUGAUUGACAUGGUAUUUUGUAUUGGCAGGCGACUUAAUCAAACAACAGAAGCCCAAUUUAUAACCAUAGAGAUCUUGGAUAGAUUUAUUAUCAGUGAAAUAAUGGCCGUCUGGAACUGGUCAAGAAGCACAGACAGUGCCAAAUGGGAGCGAGCACUGUCGCUGGUCAAAAAGCAAUUCAUGCUGCGCUUGCUGUGCUGCGUGGGCAUCGCCUCGAAGAUUGAAGGCAGUCCUGGCAGGGUCCUGAAACCCAAGGUUCUCGCUCGAUACUUGUCCACGAAUGACAGGGCAAUCACAAUACGUGCUGUCUGUCUGUCUGAAUUUCACAUCCUUAGACUCAUAGACUAUAAGCCUCCGCUGACAUCGAGCCUGACGUACGUGAAUGCCCUGUGUUGCCUCCUGUCCAGUCUCCGCCCCGUGCCGACGGCACUCGCGACGCCACGUGUCAUGACUCGGCUGUGGGAAGUGAGUGGCAGGAUUCUGCGUCUGGUAACUGCCAACCACCAUGAGGUGUACGACAGCCUCGCAGAAUUUGCCCGCAGGAACUCCGGGUCUAACGUCAGUGACGAGGACUUGGUGGCGGCCCGCUGCGACCGCAUCCUACUGUCGGUGGCCACGGUCACCCUCUCGGCACUGCUCGUGACUGCUGCCGACGCCGACAGACUGCUGCUCAGUGGGGAGGUGUCACCCGGGAGCACCGCACUGGACACGGUGCUGGAGGUGUCCGCAGUGACGGGGAUCGCACACCAGGACGUGGAAGCGGCGGUGGCGGUACUGGCGCACACCACGGGGCUGCUCGGUGCCCUCCUGAGGCGGGUAAUCUCUAGUAUCUAA